AUGUCUCACGACGAUAUAGUUCUAGAUUUGAACUCUAUCAGGAGGCUAGACGAACUCUACACGACAACCUUUUCGAUAGAGGCACCUGAAAGGUGCUAUGAAUUCGAUUUCAAGCUCAGUGCGGAGGAGAACCUUCAGAGGUUGUCUCUAGCUGCACUAACGGAUAAAUUCAGCUUAAGAUACCUCUUUGUUUACAAACGGAUUAUCUUAGAGGUGAUUUCUCGGUGGAUAAACAUUUCUGAGAAGAAUAGAAUAGUCACGAUAUUCGACGUGAUUGCCAGGUAUGCUACCUGUUACACGAUAGCGAACCCUCUGGUGGAGAAAUUCCUUGAAAAAGAAAAUGAGUACUUGGUUGCAGUGCUGCAAAAUGCGCCGUCGCAGGACAGCGAACAGUUGCGUAUGAUUCUGCUUGCAUACUACAGAAUGUUGAGCCAGAACAAGGUGGUUUUUGCGAAAUUCGUUAGCCCAGAUGUGCUAUACAAGAUCGUCAAUCGCGAAGAGAAUUCGCAGAUUUUAAGGUUUUUGGCGGCGAAGAUUUUAUCACUAUACCUGGAUGCAGGCGAACGUGCCGAAAACGAUGCGAUAGCUUGCUAUUUCGGUUCUGACGAGCCAAUUCUGGGACUCUAUGAGAGAAGUAGUGAUGUAAAUUACAGGUUUCUGGAAUUGAACGAGGCCAAGAUGAUCGCGCGCUUCUCAGAAUUGCCAAGUACUGAGGAAAGCUCUGUGUCAGCAGUAGAGGUGCAACAUUUCAUCAUCAAUCGGAGUGAUUUGAGUAAUAAUGUUACUUCAGUAUGUGACAUUUUAGUUCCCAGAGUAUCAACAGCCCCUGACUGCCCACCAUGCGAACUAAGCUACGUGCCAACGGAAAAGUCAGUCAAGGCUCUUCGCCAGUUAGCAGACAGUGUACGAAGGUCAGAACCUGUGAUGCUCAUCGGGAAAGCAGGCUCUGGUAAAACGUUUUUGAUUAAUGAGUUGACCAAAUAUCUCGGAUGUCACAACUCCGUGGUGAAAAUACAUCUGGGUGAACAAACAGACGCGAAGUUACUUAUAGGUACUUAUACAUCAGGCGAAAAGCCAGGAACUUUCGUUUGGAGAUCCGGUGUCCUGACCACUGCAGUCCAAGAGGGAAGGUGCGUGCUUAUAGAGGAUGUAGACAAGGCACCAACGGAAGUUCUGUCCGUUUUGCUGACUUUGUUGGAGAGCCGCGAGCUUUCGGUCCCUUCGAGGGGAGAGACCAUAAGGGCGGCUAAUGGAUUUCAGUUGAUAUCUACCGUUAGGCUGAAUGAAGAAGGAGCCAAAAAGAAGGGAAAUAGCAUCGAGCAUCUCAACUUACUUGGUAUGAGGCUGUGGAGAACAAUCUUUUUAGAGGAGCCAAACGAGAGCGAUCUGAGUAAGAUAUUAAGUCACAAAUUUCCAUUGUUAUUGCAUCUACUACCUAAACUGAUUCACGCUUACAACUCGGUUAAGGAAAUAUACAAAAAUCCAAGAUUUACGUCUUUUAAUAAAGGGUCACACGCUAGGGUUGUGUCUGUUCGAGACCUCGUGAAAUUAUGCAAUAGAAUCCAGCAACUUCUUGUAAACAAUAAUGUGAUAUCGGCAGAUCAGUUGAUUGAAUCACAAAUUUACGAUGAUAUCUUUGCGGAGGCCGCUGACUGUUUCGCUGGUGCCAUUAGUGAAGACAGGGCGUUGGAGCCCCUUAUCAGAUCCAUUGGAGAAUGCUUAGAUAUUUCGACCUCCAGAAUUGGCUUAUAUCUCAAGAAUCAUGUCCCAAAAUUUGAGGUUUAUCAGGAUCAUAUUCAGAUUGGUAGAUCCAUUUUGCCGAGAUCUAAUCUUUCGCUGCAGAAAAAGUCUGUCAAUUCGACGUCGUUUGCCGUCACUAAUCAUUCUCUGCGAUUGAUGGAGCAGAUAGCAAUUUCAGUCCAGUUGUGCGAGCCUGUUCUUUUAGUAGGUGAAACCGGUACGGGUAAAACUACAGUUGUGCAGCAACUGGGAAAACUUCUGCAUAAGCCAUUAACGGUAAUCAACGUUUCCCAACAAACCGAGACAGGGGACUUACUUGGUGGCUACAAACCAGUUAAUUCCAAAACUGUCGCUCUGCCGAUUCAAGAGACUUUUGAGUCCCUUUUCGCCGCAACGUUCUCGAUUAAAAAAAAUGAGCAUUUCUAUAAGAUGCUUCAUAGGUGUUUUAACAAGAACCAAUGGAGGAAUGUAGUGAGGCUUUGGAAUGAAGCAUGCAAGAUGGCUAGCACUAUUCUGAUAGAUAAAAUUGAUCCUAAAGGCGAGGAUAGCAAAAAGAAGAAAAGAAGAUUAAACUCUCACGAGAAAGAGCUUCUGCGCGAGAAAUGGACUCAAUUUCAAGAUCUCGUGCGAAAAUUUGAGAUACAGUCGACAUCUAUGGAAAACUCGUUUGUUUUUGAUUAUGUGGAAGGCUCGCUAGUGAAAGCAGUGAGAAAUGGAGAAUGGCUCCUCCUUGAUGAAAUUAAUCUGGCAUCGGCGGAUACCUUAGAAAGUAUAUCUGAUUUAUUAGCUGAAGAGCAGUCGAGAAGUAUUCUACUUUCCGAGAAAGGUGAGGCCGAUCCGGUUAGGGCCCAUCCUGAUUUUCGGAUAUUCGCAUGUAUGAACCCAGCAACUGACGUAGGCAAAAGGGACUUACCUACCGGCAUAAGAUCCAGAUUUACCGAAAUUUACGUACACUCGCCUGAUCGGGAUAUUUCGGAUCUGCUGACCAUCAUAGACAAAUACAUACACAAAUACAGCGUGAGCGAUGAAUGGGUUGGGAAUGACAUUGCAGAACUGUAUCUGGAAGCAAAGAAAUUGGCGGACAGCCAUAAGAUAGUUGACGGCUCUAACGAAAAACCUCACUUCAGCAUUCGUACUCUGACCAGGACUCUCCUGUAUGUUUGUGACAUAGCGCACAUAUAUGGUCUACGUCGUUCCCUUUAUGAUGGUUUUUGCAUGAGUUUUCUCACUCUUCUUUCUCAGACCUCGGAGGCGGUGUUAGAGCCCAUAAUCCAGAAAUACACUCUGGGCAGACUAAAAAACGUUAAAUCAGUGAUUUCCCAGGCUCCUCCAGCGCCAGGUGCAGAUUAUGCCCAGUUCAAACAUUAUUGGAUGAAGAAGGGCGCAGAAGGGGUGAAGGAUCAAGCUCAUUAUAUCAUCACUCCAUUUGUUGAAAAGAAUCUAAUGAAUUUGGUCAGAGCCUCGUCGAGCAAAAGGUUUCCAGUACUGGUACAAGGCCCCACAUCAGCGGGCAAAACAAGUAUGAUCAAAUACUUAGCGGAUCUAACAGGACACAAAUUCGUCCGUAUCAAUAAUCAUGAGCACACCGAUCUUCAAGAGUACUUAGGAACCUAUGUUACAGAUGAUACGGGAAAGCUCACUUUUAAAGAAGGCGUUUUGGUUGAAGCACUAAGGAAUGGCUAUUGGAUAGUGCUGGAUGAAUUAAACCUUGCUCCAACUGACGUCCUAGAGGCCCUAAACAGAUUGUUGGAUGACAACAGAGAAUUGUUCAUACCCGAAACUCAGCAAAUCGUUCAUCCCCAUCCAGACUUCAUGCUUUUUGCAACACAGAAUCCGCCCGGAGUUUACGGGGGCCGUAAAGUCCUUUCUAGGGCAUUCAGGAAUCGAUUUCUAGAGCUCCAUUUUGAUGAUAUCCCUGAGGAUGAACUCGAAAUCAUUCUUCGCGAGCGCUGCCAGAUUGCACCAUCUUAUGCAAAGAAGAUUGUUGAAACUUAUAGGCAACUUUCAAUCGAGAGAUCGUCCUCAAGGCUCUUCGAGCAAAAAAAUAGCUUUGCAACUCUGCGAGACCUUUUCCGUUGGGCACUUCGUGAUGCUGUUGGUUACGAACAACUCGCUUCCAAUGGAUAUAUGCUGCUGGCUGAGCGUUGUAGGACACGUCAUGAGAAGGAGGUUGUGCAGAAGACGUUAGAAAAAGUGAUGAAAGUAAAGCUUGACAUGGACUCUUAUUACAAGAGCCUUGAGGAACCAUCUCUAUUCUCACAAGAAAGUCCUGUGGUUUGGACCAAAGCAAUGCGCCGCCUGGCUGUUCUAGUGUCCGCAUGUCUGCAAAACAAUGAACCAGUUCUUUUGGUUGGAGAAACUGGUUGUGGAAAAACCACGAUCUGCCAGAUAUUGGCUUGUUUAAGGGGAAAGAGUCUCAUUAUGCUUAACGCUCAUCAAAAUACCGAAACCGGUGAUCUGCUCGGAGCCCAAAGGCCUGUGCGUAAUCGAGCUGCGAUUCAGAAUAAGUUGAAUGAACUGUUGCGGCAAGUGCUAGCAAUUUCUCAAGAAGUUCCUGGCGAUGAACUGGACGAGCUGCUCCAUCAGUACGACAAGAUGGACAAGUCUAACAUCGAAAAAAGUCAGCAGGAUCUGAUUAAGCAUUUACGCGAAAAUCUCAAGACUUUGUUUGAAUGGUGUGAUGGUCCCUUAGUUCAAGCCAUGAAAACUGGCGAUUUCUUUUUGCUAGAUGAGAUAUCUUUGGCUGACGACUCAGUGUUAGAGCGACUGAAUAGUGUUUUAGAGCCGGAAAGAAGCUUAUUAUUGGCCGAAAAGGGUGCAUCAGAUAGUCUUGUCUCUGCCUCUCAUGGGUUUCAAUUCCUCGCCACUAUGAAUCCCGGUGGAGAUUAUGGUAAGAAGGAAUUAUCGCCUGCACUAAGAAAUCGGUUCACCGAAAUUUGGGUAUCCUCGAUGGAGGAUUUUGAUGAUGUACAACUGAUUGUGUCAUCAAAGCUUGCAGCGCCUUUGAUAAAUCUGGGAGAAGUCAUUGUUCAGUUUUCUAAAUGGUUCGCUUUAAAAUUUGGGGGCGGCAACGCAACCAACGGUAUCAUCUCUUUGCGUGAUAUAAUUGCAUGGGUGGAGUUUAUGAAUAUCUCUGCAUCAACCGUUGAUGAUCACUUUGCAGUGCUGGCCCACGGUGCAGCAAUGGUUUUCAUUGAUGCGUUGGGAACAAACAACACGGCUUAUCUCGCAGAAAAUGAAAGUAGUCUGGUAGAACUCAAGAUGGAAUGUGUACAGAUCCUCUCCACGUUUGCUCAGAGAGACUUGAGUGUUUAUUUUGCCGAGACUACAUCCAUUGAAGUAUGUGGGAAAGCUGUUCGUAUCGGUCCUUUCAGUCUGGAAAUAAAACAAGAGGGUUGCAUUACUUCCUCAUUCAACUGGAAUGCCCCAACGACUGCUAUGAACAUUCUACGUGUGACGCGGGCUCUGCAGGUCAGGAAACCUAUUUUAUUAGAGGGAAGUCCUGGCGUUGGGAAAACGAGUCUGGUCACAGCACUUGCUGCUAUGACAGGUAACCCCUUGACUCGUAUCAAUCUUUCCGAGCAAACUGACCUGAUCGAUCUUUUUGGUUCAGAUGUUCCUGGAGAAAGUACCGCGGAAUUUGUCUGGAGAGAUGCUCCAUUUCUCAGGGCUAUGCAACUGGGAGAAUGGGUUCUUUUGGAUGAGAUGAAUCUUGCGUCUCAGUCAGUACUGGAGGGUCUCAAUGCUUGUUUGGAUCAUCGUGGGGAGGCUUAUAUCCCAGAAUUAGAUAAAAGUUUCAUCAGACACCCUAACUUUACUGUUUUUGCGGCGCAGAAUCCUCAGUAUCAAGGUGGUGGAAGGAAGGGCCUUCCUAAAUCUUUCGUGAAUCGCUUCAGCGUGGUUUUUAUCAAUACCUUGUCCAGCGAUGAUUUAUUGCUUAUCACCGAAAGAUUGUUUCCCAACGUCGACUCAACAAUCAGCGCCAAAAUGAUUGAACUGAUGUCGACCCUUGAAGAUCAAGUAUGCAAGAGGAAGCUUUGGGGUGCACAUGGUGCGCCAUGGGAAUUUAACCUGAGGGAUACGCUUAGAUGGAUGUCCCUUCUGAAUGGAAGCUACCUGUUAGAAACAGUCAAAGUUGCGGAUUUUUUUGACAUGAUUGUGGGUCAAAGAUUCAGAAAUGAGACCGAUAGGCAAAGGGCUCGAAGCUUAAUCGAACAGUUUUUCGGGGCUUUUGAAACAAGAGAGAAUGUCUGCAAACUCAACGUUGAUUAUUUGCAGAUAAAUUCGGAAAUAGUCAAGAGAAACUGUUCGUAUCGCUUCCCAUCCCUAACGAAAGUAUUUUCGCUGCAGUGCAAUUUUGCCAUUUACGAGUCUGCCUUGAGAUGUAUCAAGAAUAGCUGGCCUGUAAUAUUGGUAGGUCCUACUAACGCUGGGAAAACUAAUAUAAUCAAAUUUUUAGCUUCAAGUGUUGGGGCACAGGUGACAACAUUUUCAAUGAACGGCGAUGUUGACAGCAUGGACAUUUUAGGUGGUUACGAGCAGGUCGAUUUGACACGAAAAAUUUCAGCUAUCAUGAGCGACCUCCGGGAGGUUUUGAGACACUUUCUGGUGACUAGUAUGGGGGUCGAAUCGCAGGGUGAGCUAGCAAUAAAUGCAGGACUUGCUCUGCUGAAACUCAUCUCUGAAAAUGCCAUAACCGCGGAAAACUUUAGUCUUUUCUAUGACCGCUUUACAUCACUUCUUCCUCAUAUCAAGAAUAUACCAGCACUCCAAGAUCUCUCGUGCCGCAUUCGGCAUAUGUGUGAUCUUAUAGAUGCACCAAAGACAGUUAAAUUUGAGUGGUUUGAUGGUGCCUUAGUGAGAGCUGUCGAAGAAGGGCAUUGGCUAGUUUUGGAUAAUGCAAAUUUGUGUUCUCCUUCGGUCUUGGAUAGGCUGAAUUCUUUAUUAGAAACUAAUGGCUCAUUGGUGAUUAAUGAAUGUAGCGAGUCUGAUGGCCAACCGAGAACGGUAAUUCCAAAUUCUAACUUUAGGUUAUUUUUGACUGUAAACCCGAAGUACGGCGAGCUAUCCAGAGCAAUGCGCAACAGAGGCGUUGAGAUAUUUGUGGGGGAUUUGAAAGAGAGAGCAUCCAAGUUCGACCGAGUAAUCUUGGGAUUUGAAGCCGACCAGGUCUCGGGUGAAGAUCUUGCCGUGGACCAACAUUUGACAGAAUUGUCAUUGAGCGAUACGAAUUGUUGGCUUCCACUAAAGAGAUUUGUCCCCGCCCAUUUAUCAUCAGCUUCUCUGUUUGCCCAGAUUCAUGAUGUCAUAAACAAGUCUGCCAACCUGUGUGCUGAGGAUGCAAUUUUGAGCAUUAUUCCUAUGGAACGGCUGAAAGAGAUCAAGCCAUGGGUCGAAAAUCUUCGGAGCAAUCGUUUUUUCUCUGAAGCACCGAUGGCGGAAAAGAUAUCCGUCUUUAAUGAAUUUCUGUUGACCCUUAAUGUCAACCAGCGGAUGCUAUAUCUAAUGAAGCCUGUUCAAGAAAGGCUGGCUCAUCUUUUGGAAUUACCGCUUGAAAAGUGCGGCUCUCAAACGUUGCUACCAACGGUCAACGUUUACGAACUUCCAACAGUGAUUAAAAGCUGCAAGAAGAAUAUUGAUUCUGAGUCGAUUUACUUAGUGGCCUCGCUUAGGAUCCUGUUAGAAUGCGUACGCGACCUCGAGUACACUAAUUCCAAGUCCGUUGGAGGCAAGCUUAAUGAGCUCUCAUACAUUGAAAUGUCGGCAGCUGUGACAAAUGGACGCAACAUCAAAUCUCCGCCACAGAUCCCCAUUUAUAUGGUUUUGAAGAAUUCAGCAGAAUACUUUCUACGUUCAAUGUCCGAAGGAAAUUUAUUUGACCAAUCUGAUUUCUAUUUGUUUACGUGGAGAUUUUUGAUCAUUUGGGCUGGUGCAUUUAGUGCGUCAUAUAGAAAGGAUGAAGCCCGCUUAGCUGUGUACAAGGAAUUGUUUCAAAAAUGUAUUGAAGCUGGCGUGAAGCAGAGAAGCACUAAAAACGAUCUUCUAGAUAUAUUCUCAGAUUUCAACGACUCUUUGAGACUCAGCCGUGGAAAUUCAAUCAACAUCCUCUGGAGCUUUUUUAGGAAGAGAUAUCCAUCCAAUGCCAUUUAUUGGAGUUACUGGGAUGACCUUCUCCGAAUUUCCAGAAAAUUUGAUGAAGUAGCAAAGCUUCAAUUUUCCGAGGCUUACGAAGAGGUUGAGUCUUUGCGAGAUAUCUUCACGAAGGUCUUUGAGGAUGUGCUAGGGAAUAACGCUGAUAAUUUCGAAUUGUUGACAUCCAAUUUGACAUCUGGGAUCCAAAAGUUGGAGGAAAUAUCAGCUAGUUUCCUAAUCAAGAGACAGCAUUUCUUUUGGAUCGAAUUUGACCACAUCGCGCGGUGCUUGCUUGCCGAGGAUAAGGAAGAAUGGGAGGCUAUCAACCAGUUGGCACCCUCCACGACGUUAUCCACAGAACAAAUUUAUAGAAUACGGUCAAAGGCCUAUUGCUAUCCUUCGGUCUUCGAUUUUCUAUGGAUCAAAACUGAUGGCAGAUAUCGAUCUCAUACUGCAUCGCUAUUUUCAAGCGCAUUUUUCAGAGACAUCAUUAUCAAAUGUAAUGCCAUGAAAAAGUUUCCCGGCAGCGUCUUGAAGCAAACUUUGUCAGACGCCCGGUUACUGCUAGAUUCCUCUGUGAAAUUCUCGAGGAGUAUUUUGAAUGACCCACUUCGUAUAUUUGCUGAUAAGCUACACCUGUGGCUAGAUGGUAUUAUUGAGGCCCACGUAGGUGUGACUAUCACAGGCCUUGAGGAGGAAGAGGUAUUCAAGAUAGUUCUUGAAAAAGGCAACGAUACUUUUGUCAGCCAAUUUCAAAAGCAUCUGCAGCCGGUGAUCCAUUUGCUGAAAGAAGCGCGCUCAUACGAAGAUUAUGGAAAAGCCUGGGUGUAUUUCGGUUCGGCGUUGAUUACAAUUUAUGCCCCUGAUCACCCAUCUGAUCCCGCACUACGUGACUAUGUCCUGUACAACAACUACCAGAAAAAUACGGCCUUCUGCGAGCGGCUUAAAGGAGCGUGGGCCGCGGUGCGUGAAGUUGCUAGCGGCGACAGAGCUUUAUUGAUAGAGAAGCUGCUAAAAUCGACUACAGAUGAGGCGGCGCCAAAGAAACCUAGAGUUUAUCGACCACCUUCUGCAAUUGAUGAUUUAUUUGAAGAAUGGACGGCUUUAUACAAUUCAACAGUCAGCGUUGCUAAUGCUGAGAAUCUAAUGCAGUCAAUUGAGUCUUGGGAUACAACGUCAAUCAAUCGGGCGGCAAUGUUUCAACAGAAUACCUCGCAAUUUUUGGACCGUAUGGAAGCGGGCUAUCAGUAUUUUUCAGAUUUAAACGACAUAUUUGCAGGUUAUGUUUGCUGCAUGAAGUUCGGAUUUGACCUUCUGGUGCAUGGCAAAGAACGUUCACUUGUUGCCACAGAAACAUCAACGAUGUGGGCAAUUGAUCCGUUAACAAUCUUAUCAUCAUCGAAAGUCGACGCUACCUUUAAAGAUGUUGUAGAUUUCUGCAAAACAUGCAGCGUUGAUGUUACCUCUGUGGACAAAGUGCUAACAUUUUACUUACAGCUUUCGGGUUAUCAUAAGCUAGAUACAAAGUUGUCAGCGACAUGGAAUGGGGUUCUGCGAACAUUGUACUAUAGAUGGUCCCUUAGAGAGCGAAAAGCCGAAAGCAAAUCCAAGGAACUAAGUUCAAUGUUCAGAUAUCAAGAUAACGCAGAAAAUUUUGAAGAUGAUUUUAAAAAGAUGUUUCCGGAUUACGAAGAUGUUAUGACCGUAAAUGUAAUCGACGAUACAUCUGCUGAUGUUGAGCUAGCAAGCGUUUAUCAUUCGGUAGCAAAGUCAUACAUUACCUUUUUCGAACAAGAGAAUGGAGAAAGCAUCGAGAGCAUGGUCCAAAAAGGUUCUGAGGUUAUGCAAAUGCUUUGGGAAAUGGGAAUGUCUCUGAAGGACCAUUCCUCCGAAGGCGCUCAUUUAACUGCGGUUUUAAACAGACUAGCUGGAGAGAUCAAAUCUUUUGAGAGUAAAAACGAUGCCACACAAUUCUACGAAAAGUAUUCCACUGCCGAAUCCCAAAAAGCGAUUACUAUAGCCGAUGCACUUUGGAAAUCUGUUGUUAAUCUUCUCGCCCAAUGGCCUGAACAUGCAACACUGAAAGAGCUAUUCCGUAUCUGCAGGGAGUUCAUGGACUAUCCAAGUAACACCCCAGUAGCAAGGCAAUUACAAAAGCUUGAGCAGAUUUAUACUUUCGUUGCUGAAUGGGAAAAAUACGCUUCAUCACAAGUUUCGUUGAAAGUCCAUAUGAAGGAAAUCACCGACCUAAUUAUAUCCUGGAGAAAAUUAGAGCUAGAAACUUGGGCUGGCUUAUUGGAUGCCGAGGAUUGCAACCUCGAACUGAAUAUCGGUAAGUGGUGGUUCCAUCUAUUGGAGAUAAUUAUCAUUCCAGAUGACUCGGAAUUCGACGACUCAAAACUUUUGAGUCUUGCAACUGCGUUAAACGUUUACUUUAGUACAAGUCCUAUCGGUGAGUUUUCCAUUCGACUCAAACUUCUCAAAGCUUUUUCGAAGCAUGUCGAUCUUGAUCGACCAGAAUCAAAGAUUGCGCACGCUGUUCACAACGUGAUCGCGUUCUACAGCCAGUUUGAACCUAUCCUCAUGGAUCGUAUCGCCUCAGGAAGAAAAGAGGUGCAGAAGGAUAUAAAAGAGGUCAUUCUUUUGGCCAGUUGGAAGGAUAUCAAUGUCGAAGCAUUGAAACAAAGUUCACGUCGUUCACAUUCAAGCCUUUACAAGCUAGUUCGCAGGUAUCGAGCUCUUGUAUCUGAACCGGUUCAACCAUUUAUAGACAAUGGAAUCCCUAUCUCAUUUAAGUUGACCAACAGGACAAAGACUAUUGAACAUUUGAAGACCGCUGAAUUGAACCUCGAUGAGGCCAAGAAAUUAGUUCUUAACAUUCCGGGGUGGAGCAAUAGGUCGGAACCGUUAAAAAGAAUUGAUGUGGUGAGUAAAAAUAUGAACAACUAUCUCAAGCAAAUAUCAGAAAUGGAAGUUCCAACAUUUACCAACCUUGCUAAGAAAUUUUCAGCUGAGGCUGAUAGGUUAGAGAAGGAAACUCCCAAGGUUUAUUCAAAAGAAAAAAAGAAGCUCUUAGCAUCUUUGAAAAUGCAGAAGAACAAAGCCUUAAGCGACUGCUUGAAAGAACUGAAAAGAAUCGGUCUGAAGAGCAGCUUUCGGAAAGAUAUACACACAGUACAAUUAUCAACUACAGCUAUAUUGGCUAACAUGGUCUCGUUCUCCGCUCCGCUGCUCAAGAAUUAUGACUCGUAUUUUUUGAGAAUUCUGGAAAUGCUACCAGGCCUGAGGCGCGCAGUUGCCGAACCGUCUGAAAGCGUCCCAAGAGUAUACUUGGAAAGAGGUAUGGCCAAUAUGGAGAAUCUGAUAUUCUCUCUGAUUACCACAAGAUCACCAAUCCAAAAGUUAGCGACAUGUUAUGACAAGAUUGAUUCUUUACGAUUGGACUUAGAAAAUGUAGCCUACUGCAGAAAAGACAUCAAAUUCCUGGCAAUGAAAUUCAAUCAUGAUAAUCUGCAAACCAUUUGCCAGUGGCUUCCCUUACUGAUUGAUUAUGCCAUAUCCACAUUGCAUGUAACUUCUGAGUUCGGUGAUGUUUCAAAAGAUGUCAUCUUCUUAGGAAAAAUCAAAGACAACCUAAUUGAAUUCAAACAAAACGCUACAGCAGUCACAACUUGGGACUCUGGUAGCCAGGAGUUAUACGAAAAUUUCCAGAAGUUUUUGGACAAACUUCUUGAAGACCUUCAGGCGCAGAAAAAUGACAGAACUUUUUACAUCUAUGACAUGAUCAUCGAGUGGUUAGAAGAAAGCGGGCGCAGUAACAUGCAAACUGGUCACAGGGAUGGAUCAUUAAUAUCCAUUGAGACCGGUUUGCGAAAGGUUUUUGCCAGCAUACUUAUGUCCGUUCAGAAAAUCUUGGACAACGGUGUGCAAUCUGUCAACGAAGAUGAGGACAAAUGGCUUUCAUCUUCCGCAGCAUGCAUCGUAGGUACUAUUAAAGCCUCUCAUCACUCUGCAGUCUUAAGAAAUAUGGAAAAAGCCGUGCUGCUAUUGAAGAAUCAUGAGUACGUCACAGAGAAUUCCGUACUCGCUCGUGCUCUGGUUUCUUUCACACUGCCAGUUGUACGGUCCUACCAAAGGGCUUUAGCCCUGCUACUACAGAAAGCCAGGGUAUUUUAUCAAGACAUGGCUCAUGGCUCCUACAUUUUCGGUGUUUUGCUACGUUCCCUGGCUCAAAAUGGGUUCUGCUCGCCUGAGCCUCCUUCAGAAGAUGUUGAAGAUAAUAAUCUUCACGACGGAACAGGUCUUGGAGACGGAGAGGGGGCCCAAAAUAAUUCGAAAGACGUUGAACAGGAUGAUGAUUUGACUGAGAAUGCUCAAGAAAAGAAUGAAGAAAACGAUUCUCAAGACAAGGAUGGCCAAGAUGAUGAUGCUGUGGAAAUGGAAGGAGACAUGGCUGGCGACCUGGAAAACAUGUCAGAACAAGAUGAGGAACAUGAGGCAAAUGAGGAAAAUGAGCAGGAGGAGUUGGAUGAGCAGGUUGACAAUUUGGAUGAUGAUGAUCCCAACGCAAUUGAUGAUAAAAUGUGGGAUGACAAACCUGACGAUAAUGCAAAAGAGAGGAAAAGUGAUAGUAACGUAACUGGUGAAGAUGAAGCUGAUGUUCAAGCUGCAGAAAAUGAAAACCAGAAUCAGAACUCAGGGGAUGGAGAAACCGAAGGCCAAGGAGAGAAUGAAGAGAAGAGAAAAGAGUCCGAGGAGAUAAAAGAAGAGGAAGAUAAUGAACUGGAAGAGAAAUCUGAAGAAGAGGACCAGGUGGGGGAGCAACAAGAUGAAGUUCGCAACGAGUUAGGUGAAGAUCUAUCACCAGAAGUUCCUGAGAUUGAAACUUUAGAUCUUCCGGAAGAUAUCGACUUGGGCUCUGACGGCGAUAAAGAUGAAGAAGAAGUGAGCGAUGAGGAAAUGGGCGACUUUAGAGAAACAGAGGAUCAAAUGAAAGAAGAUGAAAGCGCUGAAGAGGAGGACUCGAGAGAUCCAGAUGUCGACAUGGACGAUGGUGUGACAGAGGAGACAGAUCAGCUUGGCGAUGACCAAGAAAUGGACGAUGCGUCUCCAGAAGAUUCAGAUCACAAGCUAGAGGCCGAAGGAGACGAUGCUGACGGGUCUGAUGAAGAGUCUCUUCAACAGGACGAUGAGAACCUAGACGGGGAUAGCGGGGAAGGUAUUACAAAAGAUGUUGACGAAGGGUUAGGCGGGGUUAAGGAGUCUACUGAAACCGAGGCAAACGAUGCUGAGGCGGCCGCCCAAAAUACCUCUGGAUCCAAGGGUGUUGGUUCAGAUAAGAAGGAAACCGAAGAGACUGCAGACAUCGGUAACUCCGGCGCAGCUCAUGAAAUCGAUCAAGAGCACCAGUCAGACCAGAAAGAUAGUAACGAACGCUCCAAAAAUGAGGCCAAGGAAGCAUUGAAACAGCUGGGUGAUUCGCUCAAGGAGUACCACAAACGGAGACAAGAAAUCAAUGAGGCCACUCAAGCUGAUGAAAAUGAACAUAUGAAAGAAUCUGCUAAUCACCGACCUGAUGAAUUCGAGCAUCUCGAUGGUGCUAAUACCGAAAGUGAGACUCAAGCUUUAGGUCAGGCCAACCAAGAUCAGACCCGUUCAUUGAAUGAGGAGAACGCGAUUGAGGACGACAUCUCGGAUUUAGAAGAUGAGGAGAAGCCAGAUAUUGAUAUGGAAGCUGAAGAAAACCUGGUGAGUGAUGAAAGUGAAGAAAAUAAGCCCCUUGAUAUGAACGAUAAUAAAGAAAGCCAUCAAGAGAACGCCACGAAGGGUGCAUUUAUCGGGGAAACGAAAGAGAGAAGUGAUGGCGGUACAACUUUGGCUGACACUCUGCAAAUGGAAAUUAUCGAUGAACUCGAAGAGUUUAUAAGCGACGUGGACGCCGAAGCUUUGGAGGAAAUAAGUACACCUCCCAGGUCUGUCGAAGAAUCGCGCGAACUAUGGCAUCAGAGUGAAAUAUCGACUGCGGAACUCUCUGCUCGCCUAAGUGAGCAACUUAGAUUAAUCUUGGAGCCCACUUUGGCAACCAAACUGAAGGGUGACUACAAGACCGGUAAACGACUGAAUAUGAAAAGAAUUAUACCAUAUAUUGCGUCGCAGUUCAAAAAAGACAAGAUAUGGUUAAGAAGGACUAAGCCCAGUAAACGUCAGUACCAAAUUAUGGUGGCUCUGGAUGACUCUAAAUCGAUGAGCGAGUCGAAAUGUGUCAAGCUGGCGUUCGAUAGUUUGUGCCUCGUGUCCAAGACCCUCACGCAGCUAGAGUCCGGCGGUUUAUCUAUCGUCAAGUUCGGCGAAUCAGUCAAGGAAGUUCACUCGUUCGACCAGCAGUUCAGCAAUGAUGCAGGUGCCAAAACCUUCCAGUGGUUUGGUUUCCAGGAAAAGAAAACCGACAUCAAGAAGCUCGUCGCCGAGUCGAUCAGAAUCUUCGAACGCGCUCGUCCACUGAACACCGGUGACCAAUGGCAGCUACAAAUCGUUAUCUCUGAUGGUUUGUGCGAGGACCACGAAACCGUUCAGCGCCUAGUGCGUCGUGCCAGGGAAAACAGAAUCAUGCUAGUGUUCGUCAUCAUCGAUGGCAUCAGCAACAACGAGUCUAUCAUGGAUAUGAGCCAAGUCAAGUAUGUUCCUGAUCAGCACGGAAAUCUACAACUGAAGAUUGACAAAUAUUUGGAUACCUUCCCGUUCGAGUUUUACGUUGUUGUACAUGACAUCUACGAGUUGCCAGAGAUGCUUUCUACCAUCCUAAGACAGUUUUUCCAAGAUCUCGCAUCUUCAUAG